AUAGUCUGUGCUUGUGGGGACUGGCGGGAUUAAGGGUGAGACUAGUCUGUGCUUGUGGGGACUGGCGGGAUUAAGGGUGAGAGUAGUCUGUACUUGUGGGGACAGGCGGGAUUAAGGGUGAGAGUAGUCUGUGCUUGUGGGGACUGGCGGGAUUAAGGGUGAGACUAGUCUGUUCUUGUGGGGACUGGUGGGAUUAAGCGUGAGACUAGUCUGUGCUUGUGGGGACUGGUGGGAUUAAGGGUGAGAGUAGUCUGUGUUUGUGGGGACUGGUGAGAUUAAGGGUGAGCGUAGUCUGUGAAGUGCAGUCGCUCAGCGCCUUGCUUCCUCAACAUCUGCAGAGUGUUGGGCUGGCCAAUCAGGGGCCACAGUUUAGAAGCGUAGUCAGCCUUUUCUUUCCAGGAUAGGUUAGGGAGGGGGGCAGCAGGGUGGAAGUUAGGCCAGAGUGGGGCGUGUCUGUGGCUGAAGGGGAAUCGGUGGGCUGCACGUAGGCAUAGAGGGUUGGUGGCAUAUGAGAUGGCGCCCCCUGCUGGACACUUCUGGGUGAUGCUGUGCCCAGCCUCCUGCCUGCCCCUCUUACGCGAGUUGUCCCAGUGGCGCUGCCUGCUGGGAUGGCCACGCCCACACAGGGUGAGUGGCACCCGGCCCAUCUGCCGUGCCACUCCUCUUCCUGGGAGAGGCUCCGCCCCCUCAUUCCGCGAGUAUGCCUCUGCUGGCUGCCUGCUGUCACUGCACCACAGUGAGAAGCCGGAGCACGAGGAGGUGUGUGAGUUUCGGCCGUACUCCUGCCCGUGUCCCGGGGCGUCCUGUAAGUGGCAGGGCUCGCUGGAGGCGGUGAUGCCCCACCUGAUGCACGCCCACAAGUCCAUCACCACGCUGCAGGGCGAGGACAUCGUGUUCCUGGCCACGGACAUCGACCUGCCGGGGGCGGUGGACUGGGUGAUGAUGCAGUCCUGCUUCGGCUUCCACUUCAUGCUGGUGCUGGAGAAGCAGGAGAAGUACGAGGGCCACCAGCAGUUCUUUGCCAUCGUGCUGCUCAUCGGCACGCGCAAGCAGGCCGAGAACUUCGCCUACCGCCUGGAGCUCAACGGCAACCGCCGCCGCCUCACCUGGGAGGCCACGCCCCGCUCCAUCCACGACGGCGUGGCCGCCGCCAUCAUGAACAGCGACUGCCUGGUGUUCGACACCUCCAUCGCCCACCUCUUCGCCGACAACGGAAACCUGGGGAUCAACGUCACCAUCUCCAUGUGCUGAGCGGCGGGGUUUGGUGGGUUUGUGUGCUGAGCGGCGGGGUUUGGUGGGUUUGUGUGCUGAGCGGCGGGGUUUGGUGGGUUUGUGUGCUGAGCGGCGGGGUUUGGUGGGUUUGUGUGCUGAGCGGCGGGGUUUGGCGGCUCCUCGGGAGUUUGGGGUGCCGUACAGAAGAGUGGGUGGGGUCGGAUGAGAGCGGAGGUCAGAUUUGUGUGUCUGUGUUUGUUCCUGGGGCCAGUCCCCCCCCCCCCUCACUGAGGCCUGGCCCGGUGCAGGAACAUGGCCCCUGGGGGAGUGAGUGCCUGGAGGACAGACGGGCCUAUGGGUGGACAGGUGUGGAUUCGGGGCAUGGCCAGUUCCAGGUGUGUCCUGGGCAUUGUGCCCCCGUUGGCUUGGGCGCGUAUUCAGGAGGGGGCUGAGGUGUGCUGGGAUGUCCUGACUCACCUGCAUCUGAAAGUAGCCCUGUGUGUGUGUAUGCGUGUGUGUGUUUCAGCAAGUACCAUGAAGUACGGUAUGUGCAGAAAAAGUACACUGGGCAUUAUUUCAACAAUCAGCAUAGAAAUUAUGCCACUUUGACCCUAUAAUGACAAUGAAUUAGCUGAUUUCCAAGUCUGUUAAAUACUGUAGUGGAUAUUCUGAUGAUGACGAUGAGGGUCCAGUGCCUUGUAUGUAGGGCUGCAUGUUGGUUAUGAAGGCUGUGAAAAGACUGCAUGUGUGGGAAGAGAAACAGUGGAAGGGCGUUUUUACCUGAGUGGUUUCUGACGGGUCACCUGGCUGCCCACACGGAACGGAAACGUCUUAAGAUCGGAUUUACAGUCUAACCCUGACCCUAACCUGCCGAAGACUUCAGAUUAUCAGGUCAACUCGGAACUGUGAGAGAAAGAAGAGCUGCAUUUGAUGGGUCUUCACAGAGAUGGAUCCUCACAUAGAUGGGUCUUCACAGACAUGGGUCUUCACAGAGAUGGAUCCUCACAGAGAUGGGUCUUCACAUAGAUGGGUCUUCACAGAGAUGGGUCCUCACAGAGAUGGGUCCUCACAGAGAUGGGUCUUCACAGAGAUGGGUCCUCACAGAGAUGGGUCCUCACAGAGAUGGGUCUUCACAGAGGAACACAUGAGAAAACAGAAUAAUGUUGAGUGAAAAUACAAAGGUCUGAAUGUCUUAAUUAUUCUGUACAUUGAGCUCUUGUCCUCACUUUGUAUUUUACCAAACACAGGUAAUGAAAACGUGUAGUGUGUGUGUGUGUGGAUGUGUGUGUAAAUGCAUUUCAUUGAAUGGAUGUGUGUGACCGCUUUCUUGCCUAACUUUUCCUUCUUUUAAAAUGGGGGCAGUUGGUAAAAACAGCAGGGACUGAGCAGUUGCUCCCCUCACACUGACAGGAAGUUGUUAGAGUUCACACUGUGAUUACUUCCUGUUUCCAGUGCUGGUCCUGGGCACUGAGUUAGUUUUUAUUUCCACACAGGUCACCCUCUCCUGCCUUUUUACUGCUUCAGGAAAUCCCACCUGGGUUUCAGCGGACAUCUUAAGCGAAACACAUUUUGUAAAUGUAUGUAAUGCUGAUCCUGACAGGACUGUGUAACACCCAGAUUUCUACAGUUUGUAAAAGCUGCUGAGGAUCUUUUCAUUUCCUCCUGUUGGUCAGUAGCCCAUUAAGCCUUACUUACCUGUACAGGUAUAAACAGCUCUGCACUUUGGACCGACAGCUUCUGAGCAGGUCAGGUCACCCAGGUGCAGUGUUCUGAAGGGAAUCUGCGGAUCCCCAGGUGAAAUGCAUUGUGGGGGAAAACACGCUCUUAGGUGACUCUAUAAUGCUCACCUUACUGAGCCCAAACCCCACCUCCUGUACAGUACAACACAAACCUACCGUAAACAAAACUCUGAAAUACCUCUGAUCAUGGACACGUCUGUACUGGGACUGAUGGAGUUCAGCAAGACUCCAGGUCCUGCCCGUUAUGGAGCUGAUCUCCCCUCUGUGGAAGGUGCCUGUUCCAACAUUUUAUUUUAUAAAUGACUAUAAAAUAUGAUUAACAUUUAUACAGUAUAUUUCAACAGAAUUGUACACAAAAAUAUCUUUGUGUUAUUUUAAGUCAUUAUUUGUCAGUGACUUUCCUACCUGCACACACACCUCAGAUUCCCAUGCGAGCAGCGUUUCUUCAGUGGGAAACGCUGCAGAAUCACCAGGCUGUUUAACGAAGAACUGAGUCGUUAAGUGAUCUGCAUAAACAGGUGCUUCUCUCAGAACGUUUUCGUCCACAUGAACAGCAGCCCCCACCCACAGUCCCGGUUUCUCUUCAGUAACGAGUGACCUGGACAAAGUGUGUGUGCUGAAUCUGAUGUUCCGGGGACACGGGGUGUGUGAAGUGUAUUUGGGACUGGACCUGCUGCGGGGUUGCCCCUUGGUGUGCGAAGAGAAGCCUGCUGAUCACUGCGGGAUGUUGCCGCUCAUCAAAGCAGGCUUUCAGGACUCCGUUCCUCACCCUGCUGAAUUCCAGAGCCACACCUCACUGGCUCUAUUACACAAAAUUUGUUUAAAAAACAGCCUUCCGUGUUCAAUUGGCAAAUGGCAGAAAUACUCUUCAUGAUUUCUGUAUGACCCACUCCAUCGUGCCCUGACCAAUGUUUAAUGUUCAUUUGAAGAGGGGAAGAAAGUGCUUUAGCUAUGAGGUCAGAUUGUGUAACUGCUACUUAGCCGAGCCCUGCCUAACAUAAACGCACUUCAGCCGAGAGAUGUGGGCUUAAAAAAAAAGGAACACAGCAAAAGCAGUUGUAUGACAUACGUCGAGAAAGACUUGUAUCUGUGUAUCGCAUUAUUUGCAAAAUGGAUUGUGAUCAAUUUAUGAUCAAAGCAUUUUCUUGGAUCUGGUCCUCUGUUUGUCAGUGUUGUAAGUAUACGUAAUCAUGGUUUCUGUGGCAAUUCAUCAUUGAUUGUAAUUAUGAGUAUUUACAAUUCUGUAUGUGUACAUUGUAAAUGUUAUAUUUACAAUAUUAUAAUUUUCCCUUGUUGAUGUAUAUAAAAGUGCUUUUUGGAAAUACGUGGAUAAGCAGAUGGAGAUAUUUGAUGACACAGGAGUGUAUAACCACACACGUCAUUAAUUUUAAUUAAGUCCCAAAGGAUGUGUGUUUGAUUAGUUGCUGCUGCUUAUGAAGAGCUGGGGUUAUACCUCAGUCGAUAAAUACGGAUGUCAAGGUUGAUAAUUUCCAGCAAAUAAGGAUACAAAAGCUCAGCAGUUUUUAACUUGAUCACUAGUGAAAUAAGUCUCUGUCUCAUCGCUCUCUAGCGACCCCUGCUGGUCAUCCAGGUGCUGCGGUCUCUUUGCUGAAACACACGGGUCUUCCUGUAUUGGCGUCUGUGCAGCCGGGCUCGUGGGUGGCAGUGAGAAAAGAAGCCGCUAGCGACGCGGCUGGCGUUAUCGCGCGCUUCAGCGCUGAGCGUGGAGCGUGUCCGUCAGCGCUGAGCGUGGAGCGUGUCUGUCAGCGCUGAGCGUGGAGCGUGUCUGUCAGCGCUGAGCGUGGAGCGUGUCUGUCAGCGCUGAGCGUGGAGCGUGUCUGUCAGCAGUCCGAUAUCCGCCACGCGGACUGCAGCGCGAGCGAGUACAGCCGCCACUUCCAUACCGGGCAGAAAAAUGAGGGGAAAUCAGAGAAUGUAUAAACCAAUAAAUUAUAUUUACCUUUUUAGAUGUCACCAAUUUUAUAAUAUGGGAUUUUAAACACAUCCUUCUGCUGUAAAAUUUAAGACGCACUUACCCAGCAAGAUUCGUGUUUUUAUGAUCUGUAACUUUUGUACCCGACACAGCUGAAACGGCUCCCCUUCAUAGGUUCAGAGCUCCUGUUCCUCCUCAUUCGACUGCAGGUGUGAGCUGUGGGGGGAUUAGGGGGACGGGUGGCCGUGGUUUGAAGGUUUAAACUGAGAAUAAUCGCCUCCUUUUCUACUCUAUUCUCCCGUUUCUACAUUUUCAGACACUAUCAUUUUACAAUGAUGCACCCCAUUCUCCUUUGAAAAGUCUGAAAUAUAUUUGAUGCUAAUUUAAUUUAUUAAUUACUAAAUUGUGUUUGUGCAGGUUUUCUUUGCUCUCUGCUAGAUAACUGACAGUACUGACGUGGCUUUGAGAUUGAUUCAGUGUAAUGUUAGUAAUGGAGAUGAGUUGCUGUUGAAUCCCUGUUGAGCAGGUGUUUGUGUUGUACGUGUCUUUGUUUGGUAUAAUGUGCCCAAUUUCCGUUCAUGCAAGUGUAUUACAUUUAUGUGUUUGUUAGACGUGAAAUAAUUAGUGGUAGAAUAUUUUGUUUGAUGUUAACUGUAAUUUAAGUUUUUCAGAUUUUUUCCCCCAAAGAACACUUAUUUGAAGAGCGCAAAGAAUUAUUCUCUUGUAAUACCCAUAGGAAAAAAAACUAAUUUUGGUCUUUAUCUCUUGCAGUUCAAUUAAAUACAGUUUAUACA